AACCCAUGUGACUGUGUGUUGUGGUUGAAAGAAACAGGGAAAGACGUCGAGUGUGUGCUGAAUACUAAAAGAGUGUCAACAGCUGGCAACGGGUUAAUCUAGGAAUAAACAUUUUUUGCAAAAUAAUGUCAUCCCAGGGCACACCACAACAAGUACUUUCAAGCCGGGAAAUUCCUAAAAGAGUGGUUUUAAACGACUUAUCUCAACUACCUCAAGAUUACAGUACCACACCAGGAGGCUCCAUUUUUUCGACAACACCUGGAGGUACGAAGAUCUUCUAUGAUAGACAUUUCUUACUUAAAUGUCGAAACUCUCCAUUGACUAAGAGUCCCCCUGCAAACAUGGCUAAAAUCCCUGGGAUCACCACACCCGGGGUCGUAGACAUCCCAAAGGAGAACGGGACACAAGGAGCCAUUCAGGACGAAAACCAGAAGAAGAGAGAGGGACAUGAGGAGCAGCCUCAGUUUGAAAUGGACAUCUAGAUACACACUACCCAGAAUGCCUUUCAGUUUUCUACAGGACUAACUUUUCAGAGGAUGUCAUUGUUUAGGAUUUUUUGGUAUAUGACUGUGUAGAUAACUUUGUCAUGACAAAGUCAUAUUUUGUAUUUGACAUGUUAUAGUGUUACUUAUAAAAUAGUACCUCCCUUUUUUGUACAAUUUUUUUUCUUUCUACAGAGAAAAAAAAUCCAAAUGUAAAUUGUAUGAUACUGUACCUAAUACACAUACAAGGUUUGCUUCUAUACAGCUUAUUUCUUCUUGGUGCUACUUGGCGUCAUUUUCAAAUUACCAUAGAAAUUUAAUUUUGGUGCAAGAUGAUCAUGAACUGUGCGACCAAAGAGAUUAUAUAUCAAAUAUGUUUUUAAUUGUUACUCCACUUUUGUAACAUAGAUUACUUUAAACAAAUCUGUACAAUUAAUUUUGUAAAGCUGCAGUACAAUGAUUUUAGACUUCGACUUUGUUUGUACAAUGUUAACUUUGAAAUGAUUAACUACAAACCCAGUACAAGUGUAGAAUUUCAGGUUUCGUAACUCUGUUCCGUCCCAAAACUAAUGUUAAACUGUUGUCAUAAAGUUGUAUUUCUACCUGAUCUACUGUAUGCUGUACUAAGAUAAGGUAGUGGAAGUACAAAGACUAUUCUAUGAAUUGAACAUGAUGCAAUACUAAAGGUAAUGAUACUAAUCUAACAGAAUAAAUUUUAGACAUUUCUGCAUUCUAGAUAGAAGAUAAGAGUGCCAGGUUUUAUUUCGUUUUUGAACAUUCUGUUAGGGAAAAUAAAAUUGCCAGUUGUUGAUUUGUGAAUAUGUAUUAAAGAUGAGGACUUGAAAAGCAUUGUUGGUGGUAUAGCAUGAUCUCAACUUUUUCGGCUUCCUGAUUGGUUCAGGACCUGAUGAGUUCAGUUGAACUCAAAUCGAACUCUGACCUACAUUUUGUUAGAGAUUUUUUUGUGAGGAUUUAGUGCUCUUCAUUUGUUUUUGGUGCAUAUUUUGUUAAGACUUUGUCUGUACCUCAAGACAUACUUGCUGAAUUGAGAAGAUCUGGGGAACAUUCCAUGCCGAGUGGUAACAUCAACGAAUGUGACACAGGGCAGCAGAUUUCCAGGGAUCCUUUCAAAAGCUUUCGUGAAUUAUGCAGGUGUUAUGUUUUUCCUCUGUAACUAAAAUCAGUAUCAAAUUUGUCGUUAUUAAAUGAGUUUGAAAACUA